ACAAUGAAGAAAGCAGUACUGCUAGUUGUCCUAGCGAUAUCUUCUAUCUCCGCUCAUAAUAUCCUAUGCAUCUUCCCAGCACCGUCUCGAAGCCAUGCCACACUGGGUAGAGGCAUCGUUAAUACUUUACUACAAGCUGGACAUCAGGUAACAUGGGUGACAGCGUAUCCAGAUAAAUCUAGCAACAAAAACUUAAGGCAGAUUGAUUUGCCUCAAUCUAGAGAAAUAGUAAAUGCCAUGGAUGUUACUAGUGAAGGACGUAUGAGCGUUUCUUUGGUGCGAGAGUUCGCAAGAAACAUAUCCAUCGCAGCUUUAGAGUCGCCUGAACUAAGGAAUGUUUUAAUUAAUGAGAAAUUUGACGCAGUUGUCAGUGAAUGGUUUUUCUCUGACGUGGAAUCAGGAUAUGCAGCGGUCCAGCAAGUGCCUUGGAUUUUAUUGAGUGGUGUAGUGAUGCAUCCAUAUAUGGAGUUCCUAGUCGACAGUGUGCGCUCUCUGCCAGUCACUCCCUUCAUGAUGAACGACUUCCCUGUGCCCAUGAGUCUCUGGGAUCGUCUAUUUAAUACCUUCAGCUUUGGCAUGUUUAUGUUUGGCAACUGGCAAGAUAGUUCAAGAGCAGAGGCGGAUUAUGAUAAAUAUUUCGCACCAAUUGCGAAGGCGCGCGGUGUGCCCCUACCACCGUUGUCCAUCUCACGUCAUAAUAUCUCUAUAAUGUUGGUUAAUUCUCACUCUUCGUUUGCGCCGGCGCAGCCCCUACCACCAAAUGUGAUCGAGAUCGCCGGAUACCAUAUAGAAGAGACCACACCACCGUUGCCAAAGGAUUUACAAGACCUUCUAGAUUCUUCUCGGAAUGGCGUGGUCUACUUCAGUAUGGGAUCAGUUCUGAAGUCGGCUGCACUCCCAAGAAAAACAAAGCAAGAGCUGUUGAAAGUCCUGGGAUCACUACCUUAUACUGUACUUUGGAAAUUCGAAGAGCAAUUAGAAGGUCUACCUAAGAAUGUACACAUCAGACCUUGGAUGCCGCAAGCCAGUAUUUUAGCGCAUCCUAAUGUAAAAUUAUUUAUAACACACGGGGGGCUUUUAAGCACAUUAGAAUCAUUACGGUAUGGAGUGCCAUUGCUCGGUGUGCCAGUGUUCGGAGACCAGCCCGGGAACGCGCUACGAGCGAUGAGGUCAGGAUAUGCUAGGAAAGUCACCUUCUCACCAGACAUGGCGCCGGAGCUGGAGAAGGAAUUGAAACAUAUGCUAGCUGAUGACAAAUAUUAUAAUAAAGCUAAGGAACUAUCGAAGUUAUUCAACAGCCGGCCAGUCACUCAGAGACAGCUCAUAUCUCAUUAUAUACAGCUGGCUAUCGACACUAAAGGAGCAUAUCAUCUUCGUUCGAAAAGUCUAUUAUACAAAUGGUACGAACUUUGGAUGUUAGACCAGCUAGCGAUAGUCGUCGCUAUUUUACUCCUUCUGUAUCUACUUCUAAAGAAGAUUAUAAGCGCACUAACGAAGAAGAAUAUAAAAGAAGUGAAAAAGAGCAAGAAGAAUAAAUAAUUUAUUUAGUUAAUGAAACCCUAGAACCUAGAACUAUAGUUUGUCUAAAUAAGAUAGAUUAGUUU